CAGAAUCACGAUUGAAGCAAAUCAGGUCGAAAGAGUACUUUAAAAUAUACACGUAACAGGCGGCUGCUACGAAAUUCGGUAGAAGUUGUUUCUGGAACAUAAGAAAGAAUGAAAUUUACUUGGAUUGUCGUUUUCUUAACAACCAUAAUUAUCGCAGCCGUUUUGGGACAACGACGUAGUAUUGGCCGUGCAAUGAUUCGAAACUACACCGGAAAGAAGCCCACGGUUAUUCAACAUCGAACUCCAGACGCUGCCAGCUACUAUGAUCAUGAGCAUGGAGCCAAGAUAAUAAAAUCAUCGCAUUUUGAAUUUGAUUAUAUGCUCGGCAGGAAGAUCACGUUCUUCUGUAUGGCGGAAGGUGACCCCCGACCGAUAAUAACAUGGUUCAAAGACGGAGUUGAACUGUACCAGCAUCGAUUCUUUCAGGUGCAUGAGUCGACGCUAGGAAAUAAUGUUAUCAAAUCUAAAAUGGAAAUAGAUCCAACCACGCAGAUGGAUGCAGGCUACUACGAGUGCCAAGCAGACAAUCAAUACGCAAUUGAUAGGAGAGGAUUUCGCACUGAUUACGUUAUGGUAAAUUAUUAAUAACUCAUAAGCUAUAAUCUAAAGUACUCCCUCCUCGCCACAAACAAUAUUCGCCACCCUCCUAA